CCAGCGGGCCUUGUGGGUGAAAUUGAAAUAAACGUUGGUUUGAACGCUCUCGCUGACGAUUGUUUGCCGACCACUCAAUGCAUUUAGCCCCGACUCGCUAACAGCUGGCUGCAGUACCAACGGAGCAUCUGCAUUUGGCACUGUAAUAUCUGAAGAUGGGGGACCGCGUCGAGCUAACGCUCCAGAUCACCCCGGAGACUCCGGGCAGGCCUUCGGUAAGGAACCCGUUCGAGAGCCCCAAUGACUACCACCAGCUGCGGGAGCCCCUGAUGCCGAGCCCCUCCGUCUUCACGUCCAAGCCCUGCAAAGUGGUCAGUGUGAACACGACUCCACCCAGGUUUAACUGGUCCAUCGAUGAGAUGGCCAGUCUCCUCCCGGUGCACAUAGACCAAGAGGACAUCCAGCGACAGUCUUUUUACCUCAGCCAGACCAGGAUGGAUUCUGACAUUGAGGAAAAGCGACAGAACGCUAUUGAACAGUUUUUCACCAAAGGAGCCAUCGUGCCCUCCCCAUGGGCAGCACCCAACACCCGUAAAGGCCCUCAAAUGUAUAUGAAAAGUUCUAAGUCUCCAGUGAUCGCAGAGGAGCCGGAAAAGAUCUCAGUUUCGUGCCAGACAACACUUUCAUUACCUGCGGCUCUCGAUUUGGAGAAAGUGCUGGGAGAUUAUUACCGCAACGACGAACCAUGCGACGGCGUGCAGGAGAGCCUCAGCUCCUCCUCCUUGAGACGGAAACUCUUCCUCGACGGGCAGGGCGCCUACUGCGGCUCCGACAGCUCCGGCCCACCGAGCCCAGAGAGGGGCCACAGCACGGCGGAGAGGCUCUCGCUGCACCGGGACGAGGGCGCCGCGGGACGAGUCCAGGGCGAAGCCGCCUCGUCCAUCUUCUUCUCCCCUCUGUCCUGUGGCGUCUCGGCCGCGACUCCCUCCACGGGUCAGUUCUCGUCCAGCCCCAUCCAGCGUGGCCGCUUCCGUGACUGCAGCCUGGGCAGCAUCGCCAGUCCCCCGUUCCCCGAUAUGUCCUCUCCUGCUGGCCUCGUCUCGCCCACAAUCUCUCCUAUAGUUGCGCGCGGAGCACGCACACCCAUAUGCUCAGCUGAGAAGAAGCAGCCGAGCCAUUUCACUCCACUGGGUGUCUCCCUGGACAACAAUCUCACCGCUUGCAACGAGAGCCCGUUAGUCGAGGGCUGCUCGCCCAUCCGGAGCUGCUCCCCCCACCAGCUGCACGGCCGCAACGAGCCGCAGCACAACGGCCGUCCCAAGCCCCGGCACAGAGUGCGCUGCCUGGCCUCGCCUCCCCUCAUCUCACCGAUCCUCGACCCCAAGAUGCAGGACGACCACGAGGCCGAGCACCAGCUCCCCUUCUCCUCUCCGUCCUCCUCCUCCUCUUCUUCUUCUUCUCUCCCCCCGAUGGAGCUGGAUCCCUCUUCCCCCCAGGCCCGCGACGGACGCCUGGAGAGAGUUGCCGCGGAUCCCACGGAGCCGGUGAAGAUGGACGAGGGCAAGGAGGCAGAAGGGAGGUCGGAGGACGAAGAGGAGGAGGAGGAGGACAGCGCGGCGCUUUCGGGGCGGCUGACCAGCUCUCGUAUGGGCAAUGUGUCGGCGGCAGAAGGCUCGCGCAUGUUCGUGUCUCUCCUGGCGGAGGGAAGCAGCAUACGCUACGAUUCCAGCAUGCAGGUGGACAGCGGUUACAACACUACCUCGGCGGGCACUGCCAGCCUCAUAGACGCCCUCGGCUUGGACUGCCACGGCAAAGAGUCCUUCAGCUCAAACCCGGCAGAAGAAGCCUUUCAACUCCCUCGACAGACCAAAGUAAAGGUAUUUUAUCAUCACCACUGAGUCGUCUGACGCAUUUUAAGGGGACGCCUCCUCCAGUGGAAGCUUGGCGUGAUGAACUCGCAAACAAAUCCAACAAAGUUUACACAUUGUUUUUGAAGCGUUUUAUGUUGCAUAGCUUCGAUUGGGGUGAUUUGUGUGACUUUGAACUCAGGAGUUUCACACCUGGUUAUUUGUGUUUUUAAGGUGUAAAGUUCACAAACGAUCAACCACAGUAUGUUUCAUCACCUGUUGGAAGGGAGAAGACUAACUCAGUCGAUAUUGUAGUUCCAGCGUGAGACUUGUAAGCAAUGAGCACAAGUCGGCGGUUCUCUCGGACAGAGGACGGUUCACUGGUGUGAUAAAUGGGGGAAAAAAAGUCACGUCUGUAUCAAAUUUGCACAACAGUAAGCUCCUUGAAUGCUGUAUUGACCUCAUUUCACUUGAACUUGUUGCUGAUGCGAUCAAGCUGAAAGAUCCAGAUUUUCAGAUGAAAUCAGAUUUGAACUGUUUAUCAUAUUUUUUUAUGAUUGAGAUUUUCUUUUAUUAAGAACUGUUAAUACAGCUUAUUUGUGCAACUCAUUUGGAUAUUUAUUCCUGGAUAAUGCCACUAGAGAACUGAUUGAGCCGUUUUUUUAUUAUAUACCUAAAGCACUGGCUGAAUCGUUAUUGCAUUAAAUGAACUUGAAUAUU